GGAGGUAGGUAGCCAGCCAGCUAGCCGUCUGUACGUACGUCGCUCGCUCGCUGCUGCCGUCAGUUACCUCUGUACACCAGCCAGAAGGGGACGUGUGUGGCGGUUGUCUCCCGAGCGGCCUGGCUCGCUGCUCCACGACAUUUGGAUACAUGCCCGCAGACACCAGCUGUAGUGAGUGGCUCUCGGCGACCUCGUGGAUGCUUAGUGAUGCCCCGAGAGUGUGACGUGUGGAGAGACUCUUUCGACACUUGUUUACAUGUUGUUCAGAGUUUAACUUGUGAUUUGAUGACAAGUGAUGAGGACACCCACACGACAGUUGAAGCAUAUCAUCAAAUCUAGUGUCGCUGCAGUGAUCGCAGACAGCCAGUGAUAGUGUCAGUCAAUGUACAAAUUAUUGAAGUUUUGUGGUAAGAGUUGAGUAUCAAGUCUGGAUAUAUUUAGAAGACAGGUGAACUCGAAGCCGCAACUCAGAUUCUUGUGUCAGUCUUGUGAUAACUUGAGCAGUGAAGGUGAGCAUUUUGAAAGUUGCUGUCGCGACACAAUAGGACUGUAUACGCAUUGUGCAUGGACAGCAGCAGCAACAGCAGCAACAACAACAACAACAACAACACCCCCUCAACACCUCUGUCUUCGAGGUGCCCGGCGUGCGGCUGGUCGUGGCCGCCAGCACCCGGCUCACCACCUCCCACCUGAGGCCCACAUGGUGGCUGGCCGCGCCUGGCCGAGCUGUUGCGCCCACCGACUGUGUGCCGCCAAGUGUGCUGCGCCCCGGCCUCCCCUGACCCUGCUGACCUGGGGGCGCCCGUGGAAGUGGCGCGACCUCACACGGCGGGCGUCUCCCAAGUGACCUCUUGUGGUGUGGGCCGGCGCGGGGGACGGAAACACUGGGUGACAUUUGCCUGGUGACUGUGACAGCUCGUGUGUGUACCUGUUGACCCGCUGGAGGAGCCCCGGCGACGUGUGAGCGUGAUCUGUGAGCCAGUGGGCGGCGUCGGGGCACGGCGGGCAGGUCAGCUGAGGUUGGCCCGAGAGGACAGCACGCGUGGUGACGAGGCGGGUUGGCAGCUGCCCCACCCACCACCCUCCUGAUGGUGGCCGUGGCUGGCCCCCAUAGCGUGCCUGGCCCCGGCCGGCCCAUGGACAUGUUUAGCCUUCAGCUGGAGAGCGAGUGGGUGGGAGGAAGCUGUGGCGGCGGUGGGUCGGUGUCCGUGGUGACAACGGUCUGGGGAGUGACAAGCUCGACAACGCAGAGCACAGCCACGCCUACCCCCUCAACCCCCAACUGCACCACCAUGCCCGCGCAACCCUUCAACCCCCACUCCAAGUCCUUCAGUAGCAUGGUCAACUACCCCACCAAGCCCAACGGGUGGUGGGGAUCCCAGUCUGAUUCUGUCCAGUGCAAGACAGACCAGAAGCCCUUCGAGGACCAUUGUGGCAGCAACGGUGGGUACACCAAUAGCCCGGGUCCCGCGAUGUCAGGCAACACGGGCAUGGGCGGACCUGGCAGCAUGCAAGGCCCUGGUACGAUGGGUGGCAACGUGGGCGGCGCCGGGGAUGCCCUCAACACGGCUGCGAUGGUGGCGGCGGCGACGGCCACAGCUACAGCCACCGCAGUUGCCCUUCGGCCGGAGAGACCCGAGAUGCAGGGGCAGUACAACAGUCAGAUGACCAACAUGACUGCUGGGUACUCAGGACCUGGACCUGGUUUUCCAAUGCAGCGGCCCUCCACGCCCAACAUGAACAUGAACAAUCCCAUGAAUGGCAUGAAUAACAUGAUGAAUAACAUGAUCAAUAACAUGGGAGGCAACAUGAUGAACAGUGUGCCUAUGAGUAACAUGCAGAACAUGGGGCCUGGCAUGGGAAAGUGUAUGAAACAUGCAGGUGAGUCUUUGCCAUCCUGGCUACCAAAAAGACAUGUACAGUUUUUAUUUUAUUGUGGUAUGAAAAUUGAAUUGGUCAUAUGCUGUGGUCUGUAUCCCUUCCAUUUCUCAUGUUUUGCCCAAUACCCACAGCAGCAGCAGAUGAUGUAUCAGAGAGGAAUGGGUCCAGGGAAUGGUCCUGGAGGAGGGCGAGCUGGGCCAUAUCCCAACCCUGCUAUGUUCAUGGCCCAGAAGCGGGCAGCUGCUCAAGGCCAGUUUUCUCAGCCAUCCAUGUCCCAGAUGGCUCAGAUGAAUCCACAGAUGGGCAUGGGUGGCAUCCGUGGAGGCAGUGGGUACCCAGUCCAGCAGCCCCUGCCCUCUCAGUUCCCUCCGGGUCAGGGCAUGAGGCCCAAUAUGCGGCCAGGAGGGCCAUGUGGCCCUGGGGGUCCACCCUUUAACCAGGGACAAUUCUACAACCAACAGUACAACAACUUACAGUACAACGAGAUGGGGCCAAUGGGACCCAUGAAUGGCAUGAAUAUGAACGGGAUGAACAAUAUGAGUGGGAUGAAUAGCAUGAGUGGGAACAUGGGCAGUGGCAUGACCAAUAUGGGGUCACACAUGUCCAUGUCCAUGUCCAC